UACAUUUUAUGUAUUAUUUAGUUGAUUUUAUUUAGAACACCUUGAAGAGAGGCCAACAUCAUGUUUCACAUAAUAAUUGCAAUUAUAUUUUCUGUCUUUAUUAGUGUGCAAUCUGUUCCAACUCCAACCUUUCAACAAUGUAAAAAGACCGAUGUCACUUGUCUAAAUGGUAAUAUAAACACUAUAUUUCAAAAAUCUAUAAAAGGAGAUCAAGAUUUAGGCAUAAAAUCGGUAGACCCUAUGCAUCAUAAGGAGAUAGAUGGACAAUUAAGUGUCAUUGAGUACCAACUAUACAACAGUACCGUAGAAGGAUUCUCAAAAUGUGAAGUGGUUAAUACAAAGCUAGAUUUGGAAAAACGCGAACUCAAUUUCCGUGUUCUAUGUCCAGUUCUUGUUAUGUAUGGGGUAUACAAUAUAAGUGGUACACUUAUAGUAAUGCCAAUAGAAGGACAUGGAGACUACAAAAUUGUAUGCAAAGGCUAUGACAUGCAAGUUGAAACUGAUAUAAUGAUACAACAAGACAACAAUGGAAUGAAACACAUAUCGAUUAAGUAUUUUAAAGCUGAUGGUGAAUUGACUGAAGGAAUGACUACUGAUCUCCAAAAUCUGUUUGGUGGUAAACAACCACAACUGGCGAAAGACGUUCUUAAAUUUGUAAAUGAAAAUUGGGGUCCAGUGGCCAAGGUGCUCCAAGGUCCGGUGUUCGGCGCUAACUAUGGAAAGAUAGUCAAGAAUAUAAACAAAGUCUUGAAACAUGUUCCACUGAAUCAAAUUAUAGAGGAAUAGUGCAUUUAAUUAAACUAUUUUUUUUUUAUAAAUCUAUAUUGAAUAAGAUAUUUAGGUAUUUACGGUGUACAAAAAAGUGGCCUAAAACCUAUUGCUGUACAAAAAGUAAUAAAAAUGUUACAAACUA